AUGCACCUCGCAGACUUGCAUCCUCACCAGGCUUUGCGUAGCCUCUUGGAUGAGCUGCCAGUGUCCUGUCCACGUGGCUGUGGCUGGACAGGUCGACGCGAUGCCUUGAAAGCACACCAAGCUCCUGGGCCCGGUCAGUGCAUACGGAUGCGCCUGGAAGCCGCUGAAGCUGGUCACCACUUGCGUGACCGGGACCAACGAAUUGCUCAGUUGGAAGCUCGCGUGGCAGAACAGGAUCAGCAGGUGGUGGACUUUGGAAGACAACUCUUGGCAAAGGAAGUUCGUGGCAUGGCAGCGAUCAGAGGAACGCACGGGCACCGACCUUUGGUUGUAGCCCAUGCUGACCUGAGCCGUUUGAGUGUGGAGACUGGUGCCAAGGACGCGCAAAAUGCGCCUUUGGACGUGCCAAAGAAAGAAAACAGGGGCAGCGCCCUGCCGAACGUGUCAAAACCCGAACGACACACAGAGGGCAACUUUGCUGAAUUUGGCAUUGGCCUCGGCGGCACCUCGCUCUUCUUUGGGCAAAUGGCCAAAACCUACGGGCGACGCUUGCUGGCAGUGGACUCCUUCCGUGGCUUGCCACAGCCGGACCCGCUCCUUGACGAAGCCUACUUCGCCGCUGGCGACUUCCGGACUGAUGGUGACGAGCCUUUGAAUGGUUCGAAGGCCUUCCAGGAAUUGCUGGAAAACUUUGGCCUUGAAGAACAUGUGGAGGUUUUGACCAGCUCCUUUGCUGACGUGGUGGCGCCUGCCAACUUCCAAAAGCUAGCCUUUGUACAUAUUGAUGGGGAUCUCUACCACUCGGUUUGGGAUGCCUUGGAGAAGGUGUGGGAUUUGGUGGUUCCGGGUGGAAUUGUAGUGAUCGAUGACUUCUUCCACAAAGUCCAGGGCCCUGCGCGUGCCACCGCUGACUUCUUUCAGUUGAGGGGCAUUGUCCCAUUGCUCUACGUGGUUCCGGCCUAUGCAGUGCUGGUGAUCAAACCAUCUGAGACUGGAUGCACAAAGCCACCUUUUCCACGUGCUUUGGCUUGGCGGCCCAGAGGUGACAAAGCGGACCAAUGUUGGGACUAG